UUCGCGCGCGCACGCCAUCGCUCGAUCACUUUUCCUCUUUUCUUUUUCACGUUACUUUUUAUGUUGGUAUGGAGAUAUAAAACAACGAGGAGAUGGCCGCCAAGAGAUAAUUUACGCAGUAUAAAUUGUCUUUGACCGCGGCGAGUUAAAUCGAUAAAUCGAUCUGAACUUACGACUAAUGAUUCAUUGUAGACCCGGCUUUACAUCUCCAUUUGCUACGCAGAUAGUAGUGCUACUUUACCGUCUCAAUUCUCAAUUCGGCUUUACCAGUCAUUCACAUCCGGCCGCCGGCGUUAGCACUAGCACCACGCGAUUGUACGUAUGUACUACGAUGCUACGUAUACGUCGUGUGUAACGCACAUGGUCGAGUUUUACGAAGAUUUUACGUACGUUGAAAUUCUUUUCAACUGAAUAAAAAAUCUACAAUUUGCGAAUAAUGCCGAACCUUUUUAUGUUAUUUGAACAUGCCGCUGGCUACGCCGUAUUCCGCGUUAAAGAAUUCGAGGAGAUCGGAAUGCUGUUACCUCAGGUGGAACAGUCCGUGACAGAUCUGUCUCGUUUUCGUAGCAUUGUAAGCCUUGUCGGAUUUUGUCCCUUCAAGACUGCGGUGUGUGCUCUGAAAAAUAUCAACAGUAUUGUUGAGGGAAUAGUGACGGACGAUCUGAAGCUCUUCCUCGAUUCCUGCUUUGGUGGGUUUACCAAGCAGGAUGUUGUUCUUGGUAUUGCGGAAUCCAAACUUGGUGCCAAAAUUACAGAGGAAUUGGGUAUAAAGUGCGACCAUAUGAAUGCUGUUCCUGAGAUCAUGAGGGGAAUUCGGCUCCAUUUUAAUGAUCUGGUGAAGGGCUUUACACCAGAGAACGCCAAGGCUGCACAAGUAGGCCUCGGGCACAGUUAUUCGAGAGGAAAAGUUCAGUUCAAUGUGCGUCGUGUUGACAACAUGAUUAUUCAGAGUAUAGCCCUGAUGGAUCAAUUGGACAAGGAUAUCAACACAUUCAGCAUGCGUAUGAAAGAAUGGUACAGUUACCACUUUCCAGAACUUGUAAAAAUUGUUCCAGAGAAUUUGACAUACGCGAAAGUGACGCAAAUAAUAAAAGAUAGAAAAGAAAUGACGGACGAGAAGGAGGAAAAAUUAGUAGAAGUUGUUCAGGACGAUGCAAGAGCGAAGAACAUUGUAAGAGCAGCAAAGUCAUCCAUGGGAAUAGACAUAAGUUUAGAUGAUUUAAAGAACGUUGGGAUUUUCGCUGCACGCGUUAUCGCAAUGGCGGAAUAUAGGAAAAGGAUGUCCGAAUAUUUGACGACAAAAAUGAAAGAUGUAGCACCGAAUUUAGCCACUUUAAUCGGGGAUCAAGUCGGCGCCAGAUUAAUAGCACAUGCCGGAUCGCUUACUAAUUUAGCGAAGGCGCCAGCGUCUACCGUUCAGAUAUUGGGAGCGGAGAAAGCCUUGUUCAGAGCGUUGAAAAACCGUAAAAAGUCAAACACACCGAAAUAUGGGCUCUUAUUUCAUUCUACAUUUAUCGGUCGUGCCGGCCAUAAAAACAAGGGUAGAAUCGCGAGGUACCUUGCAAAUAAAUGUUCUAUUGCCUCCAGAAUUGAUUGUUUCCGGGAUGAACGGAUGCACCAGACGAAGGUGUUCGGUGAAAAAUUACGACAACAAGUAGAAGAUAGAUUGAUCUUCUAUACAACUGGCAAGGAGCCGAAGAAAAAUUUGGACGUGAUGAGGGAGGCACUGGAAGAAACGGAACGCGUGUUAGCUGAUCUGAAAAAGGAGGCUGAAAAGAAACACGGUAAAAAAAGAAAACGCGACACGCUCGUGGAAAAUGGUCAAGAAAAUGGACACGUCGAAAAUGGUGAAGACACCUCGUUGCAGAAAAAGAAAAAAAAGAAAAAAUCAAAACAAAAUGAUGAAUAAAAAAAGAAUUGCUUUCUCCAUACGUGUUUUAAAUGAAGGAAUAAAAUAUUUCUUAAUAUGUGAACUUGUUCAUAGAAAUAUUCUUAUAAAUUUUUACCUAAUAAUAAUUUCUUCUUUAUAUUAACAUAAAGUUAUGUUUAAGUAUAUUACUUAGCGUUGACACAUUCAUUAUCUUCUACAAAUUCAUAUAUUACAAAUGCAGACAUUUACAGUGUCUUUUUACAAUGGUACAAGAAUACACGAAAAUACAAACAAAAAUGUAAAAAUUUUAAUAAACAAUUUACCUCGAUAUAACGUUUUUUUUUGCAUUGAGGAGAUGCGUAUACAUUUUCUAUAUUCGAGAAAAUCUUAUACAUAUGAAACAGACUACGUACAUCGAAAAACUUAAUUACUAUACAGACGACCAAUUGUGUAACUCAUACUUUUAAAAAAUAAUAAAAAAAAUUUAUACACGUAAAA